AUGUCUACAAAACCAAUAGCACCUACCAUCUCCCGCGGGUCGAGCACCAUUUCUCGUCCCCCUUCUAAUCAACAAGGCCCGCCUAGCGCAGAUGCAGCCAAAGCAGAGGUCUGGCUGAGAGGUCAUCUGGGUCACUUGACUGAGAAGCAGCAAGCUGCAUUUGUGGCCUUUAAAGAUUUAUGCGCCAAAGAGGGUUUCUACAAGCCUGCAGCUGCUGGGGCAUUAGCAAGUCAUGAUGAUGCACAGUUGGUGCGAUUUCUAAGAGCUCGGAGAUUCGUCCCGCAAGAUGCCUUCAUCCAGUUUAAAGACACCGAGCUCUGGCGGAAAGAGAACGAUCUGCAAGCUUUGUAUGAGAAAAUUGAUAUCAAAGACUACCGAGAAUCACGUGGUGUGUAUCCCCAAUGGACAGGGCGGAGAGACAAGCGCGGUAUUCCCCUAUAUCUCUACGAAGUUGGCAAACUGGACGCAAAGAAGAUGUUGGCAUACUCCUCCUCCACCUCCAAAACAAAGGCCAAGGGCUCGGCGCCAUCGCGAAUGCUCCGUCUUUUCGCUCUGUACGAGAAUCUCACCCGCUUCGUCAUGCCAUUAUGUACUGCUGCUCCGGGCCGACCGUACCAGGAGACCCCGGUGGAUCAAUCCAACAAUAUAGUAGACAUAUCGAGAGUUGGAUUGAAGCAAUUUUGGAAUCUCAAGAAUCACAUGCAGGAUGCAAGCCAGUUGGCUACGGCUCAUUAUCCGGAAACCCUCGAUCGCAUAUUUAUUUUAGGCGCCCCGUCAUUUUUCCCUACCGUCUGGAGUUGGAUCAAACGCUGGUUCGACCCCAUCACCACGUCCAAGAUCUUUGUCUUGUCUCAACAUCAAGUACUUCCAACCCUGACUCAAUUCAUCGACAUAAAAGAUAUUCCGAAGAAGUAUGGCGGUCAGCUUGACUUCCAAUGCGGCGAUCUACCCAAUCUUGACCCUGAGCUGCGGGAACAUCUCACCAUACCACCGGGUGAAGAAGCUGAGCGCUUUCUACUUACUUCCCCCGUGCGGUGGGCGGCACAGGGCGCAGAUGGGGAGAUGUUCGCCAUAGGCGUUGGUAGCAUUAAUGGUAAAGAGAGGCAAGAGCCUUUAGCGACACUACACGGACUUGUUGCGCGCACAACCACCCACAGAGAGCGCCUUUCACGCAUGAAUACUCAAGCAAGCGUUGCUCCCUCUUCCCUGCAUUCGGUAACAACUACUGGCACCGGCAAGCCUGUUCCUCACUCCCAGCUCUCACAUUUGGUGCCUGCACCUGGCUCGUCACAUUCGAACCGACCUUCGAGUCUGAGAAAAUCCAUCGAAGCGCCUCCAAUCGAAAUUGCUAAAACAGAAGCGCCUGUAUCAUCUACCACUACCUCAACAAACAUGAAUGGGACAAUUCCGAACGGUGUUCUGCCAGAAAAACUCAACAUGCCCCCUCCCCCAUCAGACCUGAGCAGACAGAAGACGGAGUACAUGACUCCAGCGCAGGAGCCUGAAGAAUUGAAAGCGCUAGCAUAG